AUGACCGUUUACAUCUGCCCGGAAACUGGAGAUGAUGGUAAUGAUGGCAGUGAAUUGAAACCUUUAAGGACGCUUUUUCAAGCGAUGAUAAUUACCAAAUCUUCGAAAGGUGACUUCUUAGUUAGAACAACGAAAGAUGGCAAACAGAUAUGGGAAGCUGCUUCAAAGACGGCAAUGAAGAAAAAUCAGAAGCGUUACGAGCAAGAAAUGUUGAAGAACAAAAAAGUUGCUGCGAAGAAGAAUGCAGUAGAAGAGGGGGCAACAGCAGCUCUUGAAGAAGCGAAAAAGGUGCAAAUAGAACGAGACACAAGUCUAUCAUGUCUCACAGAUCUGAAAAUUCGUGAUCUUAUUAAGCAUCGCAAUGAACGUGUUUGUAUUAAAGGAUGGGUUCAUCGAAUGCGUCGACAAGGGAAGUCGUUGAUGUUUUUCGUUCUUCGAGAUGGAACUGGUUUCCUUCAAGCAGUGCUUACGGAUAAGUUGUGUCAAACGUAUGAAGCUCUCACUGUGAAUACCGAAAGCACGGUUGAAAUUUAUGGUGUAGUAAAGGAAGUUCCGGAAGGCAAAGAAGCACCGAAUGGGCACGAGUUAGUAGCCGAUUUCUGGAAAGUAAUAGGAAACGCACCUCCUGGAGGUAUUGAUAAUGUACUAAACGAAGAAGCAGGUGUGGACAAGAUGUUGGACAAUAGACAUUUGGUCAUUCGAGGUGAAAAUGCUGCUGCUUUGCUACGUUUAAGAGCAGCUGCUACUCGAGCAAUGCGAGAACAUUUCUAUAAUGCCGGCUAUGUCGAAGUUGCUCCACCGACUUUAGUUCAAACGCAGGUGGAAGGUGGGUCGACAUUAUUCGAACUUAAUUAUUUUGGUGAACAAUGUUAUCUUACACAGUCGUCACAGCUUUAUCUCGAAACUUGCAUUCCCACUCUUGGUGAUGUCUUCUGCAUUGCUCAGUCUUACAGAGCAGAAAAAUCUCGUACUCGUCGACACUUGGCGGAGUAUGCACACGUUGAAGCCGAAUGCCCCUUUAUAACGCUGGAUGAUUUAAUGACGAAAAUUGAAGAACUGGUUUGCGAUACAGUUAGUCGACUUCUGGCUGAUGAAGAAGCAAGAAAACUAUUGGAACAUAUUAAUCCUAAUUUCAAACCGCCUAAACGGCCAUUCUUAAGAAUGGAGUAUAAAGAUGCUAUCAAAUGGUUACAAGAACACGGUGUUCAGAAUGAGUUUGGUAAAAAUUUUAGUUAUGGUGAUGAUAUUGCUGAGGCUGCCGAACGUUUCAUGACUGAUACUAUUAGCAAGCCAAUUCUACUGAACCGUUUCCCAAGCGAAAUUAAGGCAUUUUAUAUGCAGCGGGAUGCGCAAGAUAGUAGAUUAACAGAGUCUGUUGAUCUUCUUAUGCCUGGCGUUGGUGAAAUUGUUGGUGGCAGUAUGAGAAUUUGGAAGUUCGAUGAGCUUUCGAAAGCUUUUGAAAAUGUGAAAAUUGAUCGGGAACCGUACUAUUGGUACUUGGAUCAGCGUUUAUAUGGCACAUGUCCACAUGGUGGCUAUGGACUUGGCUUAGAGCGCUUUAUUUGUUGGUUAACGAACACUCAUCACAUUCGUGAUGUGUGUCUUUAUCCGCGCUUCGUUGGUCGCUGCGCUCCAUGA